GCCCGCGCGCACGGAGCUGCCGCCGCCGCGGCCAUGGGCUGCACCGUGAGCGCCGAGGACAAGGCGGCCGCCGAGCGCUCCCGCAUGAUCGACAGGAACCUGCGCGAGGACGGCGAGAAGGCGGCGCGCGAGGUCAAGCUGCUGCUGCUCGGUGCCGGUGAGUCCGGGAAGAGCACCAUCGUCAAACAGAUGAAGAUUAUCCAUGAAGAUGGCUACUCGGAAGAGGAGUGCCGGCAGUACAAGGCUGUGGUCUACAGCAACACCAUCCARUCCAUCAUGGCCAUCAUCAAGGCCAUGGGGAACCUGCAGAUUGACUUUGGCGACUCCUCCAGAGCGGACGAUGCUCGCCAGUUGUUCGCGCUCUCCUGCACCGCGGAGGAGCAGGGCAUCAUGCCAGAGGACCUUGCCAACGUGAUCCGGAGGCUGUGGGCUGACAACGGCGUCCAGGCCUGCUUCAACCGCUCGCGAGAAUACCAGCUCAACGACUCUGCUGCCUACUACCUGAAUGACCUGGAGCGUAUAGCGCGAGCUGACUACAUCCCCACGCAGCAGGAUGUGCUGCGAACCAGGGUGAAGACCACCGGCAUUGUCGAGACUCAUUUCACCUUCAAGGACCUGCAUUUCAAGAUGUUCGACGUGGGCGGCCAGCGGUCAGAGCGAAAGAAGUGGAUCCACUGCUUCGAGGGGGUGACGGCCAUCAUCUUCUGCGUGGCCCUCAGCGCCUACGACCUGGUGCUGGCCGAAGAUGAGGAAAUGAACCGCAUGCAUGAGAGCAUGAAGCUCUUUGACAGCAUCUGCAACAACAAGUGGUUCACAGACACAUCCAUCAUCCUCUUCCUCAACAAGAAAGACCUCUUUGAGGAGAAAAUCGUACACAGCCCCCUGACCAUCUGCUUCCCGGAGUACUCAGGGGCCAACAAGUAUGAUGAGGCUGCCAGCUACAUCCAGAGCAAGUUUGAGGACCUCAACAAGCGGAAGGACACGAAGGAGAUCUACACGCACUUCACCUGCGCCACCGACACCAAGAACGUGCAGUUCGUCUUUGAUGCCGUCACUGAUGUCAUCAUCAAAAACAACCUGAAGGACUGCGGGCUCUUCUGAGGGCGAGCGGCGCCAGGCGGCCAGGGUGCCCGGACGUGCCUGUCCCGCCAGGAGUGCCAUGGCCAGUGAAGGAAGGACCGCGCCACAUAACAACUUCUGCUUCUCUUCUUUUGGUUUCUUCCCCCCCCGCUCCCUUCCCAACGCUGUAAAGAGACUUUGGUUAUGUUCGGGGUGGCAGGUCGCGCUCAGUGCCACCUCCCGGCCCAGCCUGCGCCGUCCCCUUCAUCCCCUGCCGCCGCGAGCCCCGCGGCUGCGGCCUGCACCCGUGGGCUCCGCUCUCGCUUCCUCUCUCAGCUCCAGCAGCUUGGGAAAGAAUGAGGUUUUAAUCUUCGGUUUUAACUGGUCGAGAUUGCUCCAAACCAACCCUCCUUU